ACAAAUAUGGCGUAUUCACUGGAUACAUCGGGCUUUGUUUAUGUAUUAUAUAUUUUUUCUAGAUUAUAGUCUUGGCUCAUCCACCUAAAGACUUGUUAUUUGGCGACUGCGCAAAUUUGUUUAUUGACGACCACAGUCGAAUCGAACUAAAGGGCGGACCGGAAGUUUGUAAGUUUAUUUGAACAUAAACAUCCGCCUCGCUAACGUGUGCCGAUAUCUCCAGCGUUAUCUCGGUGUUUUAAGUGAUGGAUUCAUAAUUUAAGUCGCAUCUAUUACGUCUCAACUAAGUACUUAGCUGAAGACAUCGAGCCGCCUUUCUUCGGAGAGACAAGGCGAGCAGAAAUGUAGUAUUUCUCAUGAACCAAACCAGUCGUCAUGGACUUUGUUCCAGGUGUGGAGAUCCGAUGGCUCUGAGCACCGAUAAGCAGAACGUAACACUGUGACACGUUACGAUGGGGUUGGUGAAUUUAGUUUUUUCCACUGCCGCAAAAUGCCUGGACGCCGUGUUUUUGCUUCUCGACCUGAAUUUUGUGAUAGUCCACAGUUUGGUGCGGACUGUCCUGGCUAUUACUUCCUUCAUCAACAGUAUCCCUGCCCUCCUUCUAUGCUUCCUGCUGGAGAUUUCCAAUUACACCUCGUUAUGUCUGCUGUCCAUUGCAGAAGUCACUUCAGACAUAGUCCACGGAACAGUGACUGUAUUCGGGAGCUUGCCACUGGCAGUGGAGGGACUCCUGGAGAGUCUAAAGAUGGUGGGUUACCUGUCCAUGCACAUCCUGAUCCGUGGGAAGGAUCACCUUUGUCGUGGUCUGCUGUCUCUGCAGGAAGGAUGUGGUAUUGUUGUCAGUCUGGUGGUGUACUUUACCAACACAGUGGUCAACUUUGUACUUAUUGCCAUUCAAAACCUUUACCUGGGGGUAGUCGGUGUGCUACAGACAGUGUCCAGUCCACUGCACAAAGUGGUGGAGCUCACACUUACCUCUCUCACCUUCCUCUACAGCUGUCUAGCUGGGACCACAGCUUUCUUAUGGGAGCCAUUUAAACUGCUUAUAGAUUUUUUCAUCUCAUUGAUCUACGUGUUCAUCAAAAUCUUUGUGCUGAACAUUUAUGGCUUCAUGCUGACUGUUAUUAUAGCUGUGACAACCACUGCCUAUUUGAACCCCGAGCUGACGCAACAGGCAGCUUCAUGGCUUGUGGAAUAUAUAAACUCUUUUCCUCUAUUUCGUAGACUGCGCAGAUUUGUACAGUCUGUUGGUACAGGUUUGCACACUGCGCAGUGGCAUGUAAACGAAACAGUGCAGCGACUACAAAGAAUAGUGCACUGUCUGUAUGUUUUGGAGAGGCGACUAUGGCAGCAGGUGUCCAGACACAGCAGUCAGCUGCUGGCUUUGAGAGCUCGGCGCACUGACAGGGAGCACAGAGCAGGUGGUGAUGGUGAUGCUGGUGAGGAAGAAGAAAGACGAGACCCACCUGAUGGACGAGCCAAUGAGAACACAGAGCAGGAGCAGUCAGACUCAGCAGUGCCCUCUUCCAGCACACACAAACCUCCGAACAAACACAGCAAAGACAAACACUCUAGUCCAGAGGAGGAUCUGCUAAAUCUUCUUAAGGAACAGGAGGAGAGGAAGAAGUGUGUGAUCUGCCAGGACUCUACCAAAACUGUGGUUCUCUUGCCCUGUCGGCACCUGUGUCUAUGUAGAGACUGUACAGACAUAUUACUUAGACAACCUAUCUAUCAGCAGAACUGCCCUCUGUGCCGACAUAUGAUCCUCAAUACUAUGGAUGUGUAUUUGUAACUGUGGGGCUACUUUCCUAUAAUUUCCUUAAUUUGCAAAUUGAACAACGGACCAAUGAUUGUUCUAAUGUUUAAUAGGUUGUGGUAAUAGAAGCCUUAAAGAAUUCUUUUGAUGCUGUAAUUAACCACCAUUUUUGUCUUUGCAAAAUGGGCUUGUGUUUUUUGCAGAUCCAAGCUGUGAAGGUGGGGAACAAAACAGUGCUAUGUAUGUGCACUGUUAUUGAGGUUUUUAAAUACAAUUUGCUUCAUUCUGUCAAGAUUAAACCAAUUUAAAACAAAUUUAAAUAAAGAAACAAUGAUUUUAUUGUCUGUCA